CGUUUCAGACUUACCAUUAUCUUGGAUUCAGAAACUUUGAACUGAGGCUCCAGUCGAAAUCAGUCUGCCCUCUGAGAUCAAUCUUCGUCGCUGAUUCUCUGCUGUGUGCUCACGCUCCCGAUUGAUCUCGCCGGUGAGCUAGGGGUAGUUACAUUUGUUUGCUUGCGCCCGACUCGCCGCGCCACCGUCGCUGAACCGCCCUGUCCGCGCGCCCGCCCCAGUUUUAGGCCCCAGUGUUACUCAAACAGAACUGAAGAUGGCACGCCGAGGAUUGAUGGAGCAGGAUCUGAGCAGGCUCGAUGUCGCCACGCUGCACCCUCUAUCGCCAGAGGUGAUUUCACGCCAGGCGACGAUCAACAUCGGUACCAUUGGGCACGUGGCCCAUGGGAAGUCUACUGUUGUCAAAGCAAUAUCAGGUGUACAGACUGUUCGUUUCAAGAAUGAACUGGAGCGCAAUAUCACUAUAAAGCUUGGCUAUGCUAAUGCAAAAAUCUAUAAAUGUGAAGAUGAUAGGUGCCCACGACCAAUGUGCUACAAGGCGUAUGGCAGUGGCAAAGAAGAUAGCCCUCUCUGUGAUGUGCCAGGUUUUGAAAACUGUAGGAUGAAGCUCCUGAGACAUGUUUCAUUUGUUGACUGCCCAGGGCAUGACAUUCUCAUGGCUACAAUGCUUAAUGGAGCUGCUAUCAUGGAUGGAGCACUUCUUCUGAUUGCAGCAAAUGAGAGCUGCCCACAACCCCAGACAUCUGAGCACCUUGCAGCUGUUGAAAUUAUGCGUCUUCAACAUAUUAUCAUUCUGCAGAACAAGAUCGAUCUUAUCCAGGAAAGUGCAGCAAUGAACCAGCAUGAAGCAAUCCAGAAAUUUAUACAGGGAACAAUAGCUCAAGGUGCUCCUGUGGUGCCAAUAUCUGCACAGCUAAAGUACAACAUUGAUGUUAUCUGCGAAUACAUCGUGAAAAGGAUCCCCAUCCCUGAGAGGAAUUUCACCUCUCCUCCCAACAUGAUUGUUAUUCGUUCUUUUGAUGUGAACAAACCUGGUUCAGAGGUUGACGAAAUCAAGGGCGGAGUAGCUGGUGGCAGUAUCCUCAAGGGAGUCCUGAGGGUGAACCAGAGAAUCGAAGUUCGUCCAGGCAUCGUGAUGAAGGAUGAGCAUGGCAAACUUAAAUGCACGCCCAUCUACUCAAGGAUUGUCUCCCUGUAUGCUGAGCAGAACGAACUCCAGUUUGCUGUUCCUGGAGGCCUUAUUGGAGUUGGAACUACCAUGGACCCGACACUGACUCGUGCUGAUAGGCUGGUCGGGCAGGUUCUUGGUGAAGUUGGAUCAUUGCCUGAUGUUUACAUCGAGUUAGAGGUGAAUUUCUUCCUCCUAAGGAGGCUGCUGGGGGUGAGGACAAGUGGAACAGAAAGGGCAAGCAGGGUCUCAAAGCUCGCCAAGGGUGAGAUCUUGAUGCUUAACAUCGGGUCGAUGUCCACAGGAGCCCGCGUUGUCGCCGUGAGGAAUGAUCUUGCGAAGCUGCAGCUGACCGCACCGGUGUGCACCAGCAAGGGUGAGAAGCUGGCCCUUAGCCGCCGCAUCGAGAAGCACUGGCGUCUCAUAGGUUGGGGCACAAUCCAGGCCGGCAAUACACUCGAAGUCCCCCCCUGCCCGCUCUGAGUCAUACACCACCUGUUUGACGUGAAGGAUACAAUUGAAAGAGUGGAGAUGUGGCAAGGCAGAGAGCUGUUAGGAAUGAUUUUUGUGAGGUGGAGAAAACCUGAACAUAAAUAUUAUCUUCUUGGAUUUUUAUUCUUAAUUUUGGUAGUUUUGCAUUGUUAUUAUGUUAGUUAGCGUUUUACCUGGUGAGCGUAAUGAUAAGCUUUAUAUUGAAUCGACCA